UCUCUCUCUCUCUCUCCAUGAACACCUCUCGAGAUCUCGCACUCGUCUCCACUUCAGCAAUCCUCGGCGCGUUGAUCUCAGCUCUUGCGUUUCGCUUCUUCUCACCAAACCCUAAACCCCGACGAAGAGCUGCUUCCACCGAAAUUUCCGCGAUUUCCAGAAGAUUCCCGGCUCUCGAUCCUUACAGCCCUUUGAAACGAAAUGGGUACUUAUCGUGGGAUGAUUACUUUAUGGCGAUUGCAUUCCUUUCAGCAGAAAGGUCAAAGGAUCCUAACAGGCAGGUCGGUGCGUGUUUGGUGAGCCAAAAUGGUGUAAUUCUUGGGAUUGGCUAUAAUGGUUUUCCAAGAGGUUGCUCGGAUGACAGACUUCCAUGGGCCAAGAAAUCAAAGACUGGCGACCCACUGGAGACAAAGUACCCAUAUGUUUGUCACGCUGAAGUCAAUGCCAUACUAAACACAAACCACGCAUCUGCUGCUGGACAGAAACUUUAUGUGACAAUGUUCCCUUGCAACGAAUGUGCAAAGAUUAUUAUACAGUCUGGUGUUUCUGAGGUAAUCUAUUUUGUGGAAAAGAGAUUGAAAGACUCAGAUGUUGCUUAUGUAGCAUCUCACAAGCUCUUAGCCAUGGCCAACAUCAAAGUUAGGAAACAUCAACCGGAGAUGGACCAGAUCUUGAUCAAGUUCGAAGAAGACUUACUCUGACCAGGGACCUAGUUGUUCCAAUUCAAACUGUAGGAGCAAAUCUGAAAAUCUUGAGAUUACUGGAUUUCAUUCACGCAAAGACUUUAGACAUGUUCACUCACACUUGGCUCUUUCUUCAUUUAUUAUUUCUGUUAGAACGUCUAAACACAAGUCCAAGAACUUUCUCACAAACAUACAGAGAAGCAUUACGAAACCAAAGACAAAUUUACACACUAUUUUCUUAGACUCUGUAGUUUUCAGGUAGAGGCAUAACACCGUCAAAGAAGUCCCCAAAAUAGCCAGGUGGCUCAUGUACAAGUCUUGCAAUGAUGUCUCUGAGAGUGAUGAGUCCUUCCAGGUUACCUCCAUCAUCCACCACAUACAUCCUAUGGAUCUUCUCUGCGUCUAGCAUCAAAAUCAGUUCCUUCAGCGUAUGGUUCUUAGUGCAAGCAAUGACACCACUCAAGAUAGGUGCUGAUGUAUCCCCAUGCUUCUCCAGGUGCUCUCUAACCGCUACUAAGAAGUUCUUCGCUGUGAUUGACCUAAAAGAAAGAUCAAGAGAAAGCAUUGAAGAUUGACCAAUGCAGCCAGCAUGUAAUAUAUUUACAAAGUAUUAACCUGUAGUCAUGGUAGAUCUCUGGUGCAGUGAGGAGAAAGUGAACAUCUCUAAUGCUAAUGUUGCCUACAGGCUUCUCAGUUUUUCUUUCAAUGACGGGAAUGCCUCCGAUUCUCUUUCUCCUCAUCAGCUUAAACGCCUGAAGAACUGGCUCAUCUUCAUAAAUCU